AUAGUAAUCCGCAGUGAAUGGAUUUGGUAAACAAUAUGGCGGCUCGUUUCGGUGUUCCGAGGGACUUUCUCACUCCAAUUGUUUGAUUGCACUGUUAGUCCAGACAGAGUCUGCAACCAUGAAUAGACGAGGGGGGGCCAAAGGUGGCCCGUCAAACUUGCCUGUGCCUACCAUCUCUCGGGCUAGUCCCGCCAACAGUAUCACAUCCUCCCAGGGAGGGAGAGGGCGUGGCAACUUGACCCACUCUGCUGAAGACAUACCUCGACAGUAUGGCGUCAGUCAGAGUCCGUCAUCGACUGGGAGGCGGGCCGUGUCUCCGGCAGUUCGAAGAGCCCAUUCUCCGGGCGACUCGAGGCGCACCUCGUUUCUGUCACCUGCGAGGACCUCAACACAAAACAUGGCCUCCCAGCCCGGAGUCCGAUACAUCACGGAGGAUCUCAUCAGGAAAGUGGCCAAAGAGGAUAACUUGGAUAUGAUUACCUCUCUAAACCUUACACUUUCCAAGGAAGGAGGGAAGAAGAUAAAG